UCCUGUCGGGUGGUUGGCUGGAGGAGGCGUGCACGAGAGACGGCACUCCUCGCACCGCCAGGGUUCUGAGAGCACCUCCUUACCUACGCCUCGGCGGCACCACCACCACCACUAUCAUCAUCUCCAAGCGACCAGGUUGGCUUGUCCCGCCACCUACCAGGAUCCAGGGAUUACCGGCGUAUUCAGCAUGAAGGUGUGCUGAUGGGUGAGGAACUAGGUCGUUCUUUAUAGACGUGAAGCACGGUGAAGGGUUGGAUGCUUAGAAGCCACGGCAAACAUGGGUGAGGGCUCUAGGCGGGGCUCCGUGACGGAUCUGUUACAGUACAGCGUUGACCUUUACGUCCCGCCCAGCCCACGCCAUCACCCUCCCCCAGACCCAGACUGCUGGGGCGACUCUGGCCGAGCCUCAAAACAUGAGAAGAACAAUCCUGCUGACGCUAUCCGAAGCAAUCCUGCCAGUGUAAGCAACAUCGUAAAAACGGCACAGAGUCAGGCGACGGGCCAGCGGGAUGAAAAACUUAAAGCUGGAGAUCAAACACAAAAUUCCUCAAGGAUUUCUGAAGUGAAGGUCAGUGCGCACAGCAAAGCGGACAGAGAGGUGAAGGCAGCGAAGGAGAAAAGUAAACCUGGCAUUAAACCGCGCAAACCUAAACCAGGAUCUGGCCCUGAUCAGACGAAACUUCGAGGAGCAGCUACAGAGAAAGGCCGAUCCGGAGCCAAGUCUGACAAAACAAGUCUGCUGGGACACAAAGCAGCUGGUAAAAGCGUCCAAGGCCCCGUCGAAGACAGUUCUCUCCCUGUACCGUCCAAACCUCGCCGUGAUGCGAUGACCGGCUGUUCGGGCGCCUACCAACACGCAGUGAAGGCAGUGCGCGGUGCCUCGCCCGAGGGAAGCGUGGUGAUGCUUGGUCCGGUGGGUGAACAAGAGAGCGCCCCAUCCCCUAACUUGGCGCAGAAUCAAAAUGUUAACAAACUAUCAUUUACCAUAGCGAUGGCAGCGACGAAAAUGAAAUCCCUGUGCCUCCGCGCCUCUCCGAGGGCUGGACACAUGCAGGGGUCGAUCAGCAUCCGGGAAGACGCCGAGAAUAGCAGUGCAUCUCUGACCCCUUCUUCACUGCAAAGCACCAAAAAAAGUCAAAAGCAGCGGCCUGGAAGAAAGGUGUUCGAGGACGCGUAUGUCAUCACCUGGAGCCAGCCGGUCCUGCACGCCGACCAGGCUGACUUCCGCAUCACUUUCAAUAAACCAAAGAAGGUGUGUUUCAUUGAAAUGUUGGAGAGCCCUGAGCCUCCCUCAGCAAGCACCGUGACGUCGCUCGCCCUGACACAGGCGCGUGUGCUGAGGGUGAGGCAGACGCGGCGCCGCAGUGUGGGACCAGAGAUAGUGAUACCAGCCCCAGAGUCAGAGGAGCGGGACACAACUGCAGUGGAGUGGAUGGAGUGGAGGCAAACCCAUGAUCGAGUGGAGCAGGGUAUUUCAUGCUUCUAUACUUCUUUGCGGAAAGCUGAAUUUUUUCACAUCCUUGAAGCAUCUUCUCAUCUUCAACAUUUUACUAUGACAUUUUAUACUUCUACUAGUGACUUCAUCUCUUAG